AUGGAAAAACAUUCGCUACAAACAGCACAUCCGCUGUCCCUGGGGCAUCUGUCUAUAUUCAAGCGGCCAUGGAGAAUCGCAAUCCAAUGCUUCAUCCUUCUAUUGCUCACUUUCUUCCUUUUGAAGGAGUCCCUAAGUCCCUCACCUCAAGUGCACCUUCCUUACAUAUUAGAUGAUCCAGUCGGAGACAAGAUCGGACACCCUACUUUAGAGCCGCAAGAAGAGUACCGGAAGUUGGGUUCUAAGGCAAUGGUGGCGCUGGAUGUCGAGUUGUGUUCUAUUAUGGGACGUGGGAUUUUGCAAGGUGGUGGCAACGCAGCCGACGCUGCCGUCACUGUGGCUCUCUGUAUUGGCCUGGUGAAUUCCCACUCCUCGGGCAUUGGCGGCGGUGCAUUCAUAGUGCUGUGGAAGCAGAACGAGACAAUAAGUAUCGACGCCAGAGAGGCCGCUCCAGCGAAAGCCCACAAGCACAUGUACGAGCACUUCCCACUUCUAGCGCAGUUUGGCGGGUUGGCGGUGGCCGUUCCUGGCGAAUUGGCCGGUUUAUACGAGCUCCACAAAAAGCACGGGUCCGGCAACUUGACGUGGGCCGAACUAAUCGAGCCAGUGGUGAAGCUUAACAGGAAAGGAUGGCAUGCUCAAGAGAUCUGGAUCUCGUCGUUGCACCGUAUUCACAGAGAGCUUUUGCAAAGGGUUCCGCUCCUUAGAGAGAAAUGGGAUUUCAUAUACAAAGAAGAUAACAACCUCGUCGACGUGGGCGAUUUGAUCAGACGUCCUGCUUAUGCUGACACAUUGGAGACAAUUGCCAGAAACGGUUCUUGUGCUGUGUUUUAUGAUCCUGACGGCCCUAUCGCACCGAAGUUAGCCCAGCGCGCUAGCGAGUGUGGAGGCAUCUUGACGGUGGACGAUUUCGCAGCCUACAGAGCUAAAGUGACUAAAGCGCUUAGAUAUGAGUUUGAGGCCGGCGACGACUAUUUUGAGUUGGCAACCUCUGGAGGAGUUUCUUCAGGGUUGGCGCUUAUUGCUGGGCUCAACUUCUAUUCCACUCUCGAGAAAUGCCGUGGGAAGAGCUCAGGCUCUCUUUCAGCUCACCGCCUCAUCGAGGCCAUGAAGUGGACUGCUAGUGCGAGAUCAAAUUUGGGGGACCACAAUGAGACAUACUUUGAGACAUUGGUGCGCAAAUACUCGUCGCCGGAAUGGGUGCAAAAUCUAUUGGAUAACGAGAAGUACGCUGACAAUACAACAUUCCUUUGGGACCACUACGAGCCCAAGUUCGAACUUACAGAACCCAAGGGCACGUCCCACUUUUCGGUAGUGGAUGCUCAUGGCGGAGCCGUUUCCAUGACAACCACAGUGAACUUGAUAUUUGGAUCACUGGUCUACGACAACAAUACGGGAGUGAUUUUAAAUGACGAAAUGGAUGACUUCUCGUUGCCAGACACCAGCAAUGCGUUUAAUUUGACGCCCUCGGUAUAUAACUUUAUUCAGCCAGCGAGGAGACCCUUGUCGCUGACCACACCUACAAUUAUCAAGAAGAACGGCGAGCUUUUCAUGCUCAUUGGUGCCGCUGGAGGUUCACGUAUUGUGACUGCAGUUCUCCAGGGCAUCGUGAGGACAGUAUACGAAAAGCUUCCUCUUCUUCAAACCAUUCUGUACCCACGGUUACACCACCAGCUCAUUCCUGAGUAUGUCAUGGUGGAGGACGCCGAGAUGUAUGAGACUGAGGUGCCGGGAAUCAUUCUGCACUUGGCCGAACGGAACCACACUAUAUUUGAAAGCGGUGCGUUGACGGCAAUGAAUGCAAUCAAGAAGGCCGGCGAUGUGUGGGAGGGCGUGAGCGACCACUGGCGCAAAAGAGGCAUUGCUUGCGGGUACUAG